AUAUAUAUUUCUGUCUGGAGGAAAGAUUUAUUGGUAGAUUAAUCUUGAUUGUUCGGUAGUGAUUCACUAUUAUUUUAUUUAAUUAAAUACUCUGUUCUUUUCUCGACGAUAGACGGAAUACCGGUCUCCCUCCCUUGUAACAAACCCAAAAGGAGCACAGCACCUGGCGCACGAUAGCACAGGCUCAUGUUUAUUUGUUUUCCUCGACUUCAAGUAUAAAUAAAGAUCCUUUUUCAUUUCCAGAAGUUUUGGUUUUAUGCGGACUGGACAAAUCUGCGAAUUCAAUUUGUUCGAGAUCUGCUGGAUGAUCUUUAACGUAGAUAGAGUAAGUUGAAACAUUCCGAUCCGAUUCCUCGAAGUCUCAGACAGCGUUGGUAAAGAAGUGAAAUUCCUUUAAAUUUUGUGUUGAUGCAAUGUGGCAGUGUAACCCAAAGACCUUAAAAGGGUGGUUUGAGCUCUGGCAUGUGGACACGCCAACGAGAAACUUCCUCGAUGUAUAAACGCUUGUCCUCCAGAGAUAAUACGCACACAGUUGAUGUGGAUUCUAGAGAUUAUUUGAAUACAACAGACAUGGAAGAAAACUCUGCUCUUUUACAGAACAAUGUGGCUGUAGAAACUUCAAACCCUCCUUGGGGGCUUUCUUUCCCACAUGUCGUGGUGGCAACCAUAUCUCCAUUCUUAUAUGGAUAUCAUUUGGGGGUAGUAAAUGAACCACUUGAAAGCAUUUCUCGUGAUCUCGGUUUCAGUGGCAAUGCACUGGCAGAAGGUCUGGUUGUCAGUACGUGUUUGGGUGGUGCCUUCAUUGGAUCUUUGUUCAGUGGAAUGAUAGCUGACGGAGUUGGGCGCCGUAGAGCUUUUCAGUUGUGUGCACUGCCUAUGGUUAUUGGUGCUGCAGUGAGUGCUACAGCCAAAACUAUUGCUGGUAUGCUUUUAGGAAGGUUACUUGUUGGGGCUGGUAUGGGUCUGGGUCCUCCUGUCGUGUCUCUUUAUGUAACAGAGGUUUCACCAGCUUUUGUGAGGGGUACCUAUGGAAGCUUCAUCCAGCUUGGAACAUGCCUUGGUCUUAUGGCAGCCCUUUUUGUUGGAAUACCUGUAAAAGAAAUUGCUGGCUGGUGGCGUGUUUGUUUUUGGUUAUCUACAAUCCCAGCUGCAACACUUGCUCUUGGCAUGGUGUUUUGUGCAGAGAGUCCACAUUGGUUGUAUAAGCAAGGAAAAACUGCUGAGGCAGAAGCUGAAUUUGAGAGACUCCUAGGAGUAUCACAUGUCAAAAUUGCAAUGGGAGAAUUAUCCAAGACGGACAGGGGAGAUGACAUGGAUACUGUGAAGAUUUCAGAAUUGUUAUAUGGUCGCCAUUUUAGAGUUAUUUUUAUUGGAUCAACCCUGUUUGCUUUACAACAGCUAUCUGGUAUAAAUGCUGUGUUUUAUUUCUCUUCAACUGUUUUUAAGAGUGCUGGAGUACCAUCAAACCUUGCAAAUGGCUUCAUAGGAAUUGCAAAUUUAAUAGGGUCAAUUUUUGCAAUGGUUUUGAUGGAUAGGCUAGGAAGGAAGGUGCUUCUCCUGUGGAGCUUCUUUGGAAUGGCAAUAUCGAUGGCUAUUCAAGUUGCAGCAGCAAGUUCUUAUGCAUCAGGCACUUACUCUUUGUACCUAUCUGUUGGUGGUAUGCUGAUGUUUGUUUUGACAUUUGCUCUAGGAGCUGGUCCAGUUCCAAGUCUCCUCCUCCCAGAAAUUUUUCCUAGCCGAAUCAGGGCAAAAGCUAUGGCAAUUUGUCUGUCAGUGCAUUGGGUGAUAAAUUUCUUUGUGGGAUUGCUGUUUUUGCGUCUGCUGGAACAACUAGGGCCACAAUUAUUGUAUUCUAUGUUCGCCACCUUUUGUUUGAUGGCGGUUGCUUUCGUUAAAAGAAAUGUGGUGGAAACCAAAGGGAAAUCACUUCAAGAAAUUGAAAUAGCGCUUCUUCCACAAGAAUAGAGGUGCUUCGAUGGGAAACACACUGGUGGAAAUUUACUUGCUAGGUUAUGUUUUGCUAAAAUGAUGCAACUAAAUCUUCUAGGGAACUGCAUUUACGAUGUAAAAGCUCCAUGAAGCAGUUGCUGAUUAUUUGAUGGAACAAACCCAUAUAUUGGGGUGCAUAUUAAUUAUACUAUAGAGAAUAGCAGGUUUAAUUUAGAAAACGGUUGCCUUGGCAUCCGAAAUUGGUAUUUUUUUUGUAAGAAAUUAGUUGGAUUUUCCAUAUCUGUUUUCAUUUGAUGGAACAAAUGUGACCUUGCAGGCCAUCAUAUCCUAAAUGCAUGGAUGACGAUCCUGGACUUUAUUCCAUCUGUCGGCAUGAGAUAUAGAAGGGUUACUAGUAAUGGUUCAUUUGUUUA